GAGGUUGAGAAAUGACUUGCCGCGAGAGAGGACCUGACUUCAUGCGUCUUUCUGUCCUUAUCCAGUGCGCUUGGAAAUGAAUGGAGAACAAAGUGACAGAACUUAAGAAGCCUGCGCGUGAGACUGGUUGAUACUGUCAUUCAUUGCAAAUCCCACAGAACUGCUGCUGUUGCUGUUGUCGGACUGUUUUGCUCUUUGGACUGUUGCAAAGUGGCUGUGUGACACAGAUCAGUUUUAUUUUCUUGUUUUUUUUUUGCGUAAAGGUGCUCCACAGACAUGAAUUUACUCCGGAUUUGUGUUAAACGAAGGAAAAAAAACUUGAUUUCGGUCUUUUUCCAUCUCUUUUGUUUUACCACAUUGGGCAAAAGCUUGCCUUGGAAUAAUGGUGCUGACAGUGCAGAAUCCCACCAGGAAGAAUCGGCUUUACUACGAUUUCUCAAUUUACCUCAGCACACAGAAUACGAGAUUGUGUCUCCAUAUGAGGUCAGCCGCCAUGGCACUUACAUCUCUCACGAAGUUGCCCACCAUCAGCGCACACGGCGACGCAGAUCCCUGACCUCGGAUGCAGCCUCAUUAAACUCCAAUAGCAACAGUGACACGGUCCACUUCCAACUUAGUGGCUUGGGGCAGGACUUCCACAUGGAGCUGAGGGCGUCCUCGGAGAGCCUGAUUGCACCUGGCUUCACCAUCCAGGUCCUGGGAAAGAACGGCACCAAGAGCCUGAGGGUCCAUCACCAAGACGACCUGUGCUUUUACCAGGGGUCACUGAGGUCGAGGGUCAACUCAUCAGUGGCACUGUCUACAUGCAUGGGGAUGUCAGGUUUGAUCAGAACCCAGGAUGCCGACUACUUCUUGAGACCGCUGUCCCUCAGCCUCGCCCAGAGAGAGAACUUCACCGCACCGUCCACUCACCAGCCACACAUCCUCUACAGGAGCGAGAGGGACCUGGACAAAGAGGCGAGAGGUCAUCGGCAUCGCGUGCUCGGGAAACGGUCCACAGAUGCGGCUCCCCACGAAUCCCACGGAAACUCUGUCACAGAGAGAUCCUCAAGAGCGCCGUCUGAUGCCACCCACAGCACGCUCGAUGAAGAUCACCCACAAAGGCACAGUCAUGGCCAUCACCGUGGCAACAUUAACAACAAUAGUCAUGUUGACCCGGCGGAGAAUCGCGGCAGUGACCAUCCCCUCAAAAGCCAUCCCCAUGAGAAUGGCUACAGACAUGGGGAGAAGCAGAGGCAGCACUUUUGCGGGAGAAGGAAGAAAUACAUGCCCAAACCUCCAGAAGAGGAUGUUUUUAUCCUUCCAGAUGAGUACAAGUUUAUUCCCAGGAACAAAAGGGCAGUGCUGAUGAAGAACGAGGCCAAUCAGAAGCUCAACGUGGAGACACUGGUGGUGGUGGACAGAAAGAUGAUGGAUAACCACGGCCAUGAGAACAUAACCACUUAUGUUCUUACUGUGCUUAAUAUGGUCUCCAGUCUCUUCAAAGACGGUACGAUAGGAGGGAACAUCAACAUUGUGAUAGUGGGGCUUGUGCUUCUGGAUGAAGAGCAGGAUGGCUUGGUGAUCAACCACCAUGCAGACCACACGCUGAACAGCUUCUGCCACUGGCAGUCUACUCUGGGAGCCAGAGAAGGACGCCGCCACGACCAUGCCAUCCUCCUGACAGGACUCGACAUCUGCUCCUGGAAGAAUGAACCCUGUGACACUCUUGGUUUUGCUCCGAUUAGUGGGAUGUGCAGCAAAUACCGGAGCUGUACCAUUAAUGAAGACACGGGCCUGGGCCUUGCGUUCACCAUUGCCCAUGAAUCCGGACACAAUUUUGGAAUGGUCCACGAUGGCGAGGGUAACGUUUGCAAGAAGUCAGAGGGCAACAUCAUGUCUCCCACCUUGGCCGGGCACAAUGGUGUCUUCUCCUGGUCUGCGUGCAGCCGUCAAUACCUCAGCCGCUUCCUCAAUUCUGCCCAGGCUGUGUGCCUAUCAGAUGAACCAAGAGCAGUCAAGGAGUAUCCGUAUCCCGAGAAGCUGCCUGGCGAGCUGUACGAUGCAGACACGCAGUGCAAAUGGCAGUUUGGGGAGAAGGCCAAACUCUGCACCCUUGAUUUCAAGAAGGAUAUCUGUAAGGCCCUGUGGUGUCACCGCGUUGGGAGGAAGUGUGAGACCAAAUUCAUGCCAGCUGCUGAAGGCUCUGCUUGUGGACCUGAUAUGUGGUGUCGUAGGGGCCAGUGUGUGAAACAGGGUGAUGAGGGCCCGAGACCUCAGCAUGGCCAGUGGUCGGCGUGGUCUUCCUGGUCUGCCUGUUCACGGAGUUGCGAGAGCGGUGUCACCUAUCGAGAGAGGCAAUGCAACAACCCCAGACCUGCAUAUGGAGGCAAGUUUUGCGAGGGCUCCUCCAGGUCGUACAAACUUUGCAACACUGAUGACUGUCCCCCGGGUGCCACCGACUACAGAGCACAGCAGUGUGCCGAAUUCAACGGCAAACAGUUCAGAGGAUGGUUCUACACCUGGAGACCAUACACUCGAGUGGAUGAUCAAGAUGUUUGUAAGCUGUACUGCUUUGCUGAAGGUUAUGAUUUCUUCUUUGCUUUGGCCAGUAAAGUUAAGGAUGGGACACUCUGCUCCCAGGACAGCAAUAACGUCUGCAUCGACGGGCUGUGUGAGCGAGUUGGAUGCGACCAUGUGUUGGCCUCCUCCGCUGUGCCUGAUGCUUGUGGGGUGUGUAAAGGAGACAACUCCACCUGCAAGAUCUACAAAGGACAGUACACCAAGCAACAUUAUACUAACCAGUACUAUGGAGUGGUCACCAUCCCAGCAGGGGCUCAGAGUAUCCGCGUGGUUGAGCUGAAUACCUCCAGCUCAUACCUGGCUGUCAGGGACACACAGAGACGCUACUUCCUGAACGGACACUGGACAGUGGACUGGCCAGGGCGACACUCCAUUGCUGGUGCCAUUUUUGAAUACAAGAGACCCUAUAACAGACCAGAGAGCCUCUUCUCAACUGGCCCCACCAAUGAGACACUAGUCAUAGAAAUAUUGUUGCAGGGUUGGAACCCCGGUGUGCGUUGGGAAUACACUCUGAAGAAAGCCGAUGAGAAAAAGAAUCACAUCAAACACAAUUACUCGUGGGCCAUCAUACGCUCCCAGUGUUCAGCGACAUGUGCUGGAGGUCAGAUGAACACCAGGUCUGCCUGUUACAAAGACUUGCGAGUGCAGGUUAACGCUUCUUACUGCAAUCCCAGAUCAAAACCAUCUACUGGACUGAUGCCCUGCAGCACCCAACCAUGUCCUGCCAGCUGGUCUGUCGGAGAGUGGGGCGUGUGCAGCCGCAGCUGUGGAGGAGGAGAGCAGAUUCGACAGGUCCAGUGUGUCCAGAGAACCAACCAGGCCAACACAGAUGCCCUGGCUGACUCUCAGUGUGCCCAGCCCAUCCCAGCCAGGAGACAGGCCUGCAAUACACAUAGUUGUCCCCCAGUGUGGACGACUGGGCCAUGGUCACAGUGUUCUCGCAAGUGUGGCAACGGCCUUAGGAAGAGGACAGUGCUGUGUUCGAGCACCAACCCAGGAGUCCAGACACGCACACUGCCAGACAGUGUGUGCGCAGGCAUGCCAAAACCUGUCGGUCAAGAAUCCUGCUUCAUUAAACGGUGCCAGAAACAACGAAAAGUCCAGUGGUUUGUCUCCACGUGGCAAGAGUGUUCAGUAACCUGUGGUCGUGGCUAUCAGACACGCUUCGUUAAAUGUGCAGAGAAGGACACUGCAGGAAAAUACAGAGAGCUUGCAGCCAAGAAGUGCCACCAUGUCCCUAAGCCCACAGUAGAGCUCCAGAGGCCCUGCAUCCUGGCUGAGUGUCCUGUCCGCACUACGCCACCAGUCCACCGAUGGAACAUGAAUCUUCGCACCUAUCCACCACAACCUCAGUCCCGACCGGAGUGGCACCCAUCUCCAUGGUCUCAGUGCACGGUGACAUGUGGUGGAGGAGUGCAGGCCAGAACAGUCCAGUGUCUGGCUCAGGGGAAGCCCUCUGCUGGCUGCGCCCUCCAUCUUAAACCUGCAAUGUCCCAAGCCUGCAAUACCAACUUCUGCCCACAGCCUGAGAAGAAAGAUCUUGCUUGUAGGGAUUACUUCAACUGGUGUUACCUGGUGCCCCAGCACGGAGUCUGCAACCACAAGUUCUAUGGCAAGCAGUGCUGCCAGUCCUGUUCGAAUUCAAACCUAUAAUCACAUGAAAUGACUCUGCCUGUGUCACCAACAGAUCAGUAGUUAGACAAAAGACUAUAUUUGACGUCCAUGCUUGAAAAGACAGUGUUUUUGUUUGAGCGUGUGGCAGGCACUGGAAAACAGAGGACAUUUCAGUGGAAGUGCAGUUGCAGUGCCCUUUCCUCUCUCUGCGAUGCCGGACAUCUGGAUACAAGAACUCGAUGCUGACAGCACUACACGUGAAAAUGAUCAGGACAGUACAAAUAAAGUCGAGAAUUAUGGGAAGGAACUAACAAAAUGGGAAUCUUGAUUAAAGUGAAUAGGACUGACAUGUCCAAAAGAAACUGAAAACCUGAAAAAUCCCAGCUUUGUUUAUAUACCGUAUGUAAUUGAACAGAUCUGUACCCAGGACACCCAACAUCUCCAUGGCAACCAAAGGCCAGUGAUGGCACACCAACAGAGGAAUAUGGCUGACGAGGUUUUCAAGCUCUGCCGUGCAACAACACGUGAUACGCCCUGUUGGUGUGUGUGUGGGCGGCAAUUCUGGAUGAAUUGGAAUUCCGGGGUCUGAUAAUGAAAAGGGAUGUUUCAAAGAAACAUGUAGGACAACAUCAUUUUAAUCUGAAGCUUGAUAAAAAACAGACUGGGAAUAAUCAAUAAGUGGGCUUCCUGAAUAGCUGGACAAUAGCAGAAUGUUCUGUGUUGUCACAUGAAAGAAAGAAAGGGGGGAAAAAAAUGAGGAGAAACAUGAGUAGUAUCCUGCAAUGGGUCUAAGUUGUGUAAACUGGCUUUCGUACUCAGUGGUGCUACAGUGUUGCCUUUUGUCACCAAACCAAUGUGAAAUCCUCAAGUUUCAGGAGGCAACAACUCAAUUGUGUGACCCAUGUACAGUAUUGUUUGUUUUAUUUAUUGGCUUUACAAUACAGCAUUGCUGGAAGACUGUAUUCAUAAGCAGUAUAAAUAUGUCCUUUUAUUACUCAACCCUAAGCCCAUUACUCUUAUAUUUUGUAUUGUUUCGUAGGAUAUCAUGCUGACAAACUGCACCUUUCUUACUAAAAAUGUUUAUUUUUAUGUUGGAAGCAAAAACCCAAUUCAACAGUGUUACCUUACAAAAGUGAGCAUUCACAGCAGCGGCGCGAACGGAAAUCUUUGUCAAUAAAAGGUAUGAGCACGCUGUUUGAAGAGACACUGCUCUCUGCUUCACAUUACCGUGUCCUACAUCAUCAUGUCAUACUCAAGGCAUCUAUUGCAUGCGUUGAAAUGGAAAUCAAACAAUGCAUUACGUACUGUUAUGGAUACAAGCACUGACAGAUGAUGGCUGUGACUUUUACAAUGUAAAUGAAACAAUAAACAAGUGUGUGUCAUGUCAGCAUCUCAAGUGCAGCAGGUAAUUGUCAGUGUGGUGGAAUUUUGUUUUUCUAAAUACCUAAUACUCAUACUAAAGACUAAAAACCACGUCCAAACCAGCUUUUACCGUCCAUCCUGAAUAGCACUAUUCAGUUUUUAUCUAUUCUUACAGGUAAGCUCAUUGAGAAAUAAGGUCUCAAUCACAGGCGAGACUUGUUUUGAACAGACACGCAACAACACUCACUUACAAACAGACGUAUCAAUACAACACAUUCAAGUUAACAUGGUAUGUAUAAGUCAGAACAUGCCGCAUGUGUCCUGAAUGCAAUAUCAGAUAUUCAAGACUGGCUGCAGUUUCACAGACAACAGAAAGCUUUUUUCAUACACUGAUUUAUUUGUGGCCACUAUACAAUAUCAACAGUGAUCAACACAUACGUUCUUUACGCUAAGGAUAAAAGAGCUUGUUUCAUGUUACAGCGGCCUGACUAGAGCUUUAAUUCACUCAGCUUUUUCCUCUCUUUUCCACUCACCAGUACACAUAGACAAUUUGGACACAUCUGUAUAGUCAUGAACAGCGCAGAGAAGUAAGAUCAGUUACAGAACACAGGAGACACACGCUGUACGCUAGUGAUAGAAUAUCUCAGGAUGGAUGUUAAUAUCAGGCUCAGGAGGAAACUUGAUCUCUGCAAUUACAGCGGCGUUGCCAUCAUGCUCCGACAAAAGAUUUGUCUGUCCAUAAACAUGUGAUUAUCAUCAGUAUCGUCAUUGUUGAUUCACCCCCAUAAUAGCAGAGAGUGGCUCCUUUGUAUAUCAGACACUGUGGCUUAAAUACACAGCUGUGUAACUUUCAGACUUGAGAGCUGUUAAAGUCAUCACGUUUGCGACAUGAAACAAGCCGUUCACUGUCUUUCUUUGCAACACAGGAGACACUGCUCUGUAUCUCUGCCAUACAUGUCGAACCAAUACAUUAGCUUUAGGAUUUCACCAGGUGGGGUCCCUCAAAUCUGAGAUUAAAGACCUCUCUAUCUUGAAAUCAGACUGAUGUUCAUCAGAAUUAUACUAAAGUGAGUGCACUCUUCAGCCCACAGAAAACCCUCAGGGUCCUGUGGGAUAGACUCACGCUCACAGGGCGUGAACUAGUCUUAUUGUGAGUGAUCCACAGUGCAAAAAAAACUUUAGGUUCAGUGCAGGCCAGGCCAGGCUAGGUUUAGGCUACCUCAGUUACUACAGACAGACAGACAUGAACUCUGGAAAAUGCCAAUGAAAUGUACACAGGCAUGCUGUUCACAUAUGACAACCGUAGGAGGACAGUGUCUGCGACAUUUAGGCGAAAGGUGACACCUGGGUCACGCACGCGGAGGAUUUGACAUCGUCUCCCUAUUUGACUUAGGAAGUGGUGGUUAUGGAAAAUGUCCAAAACAACAUGUUUGAACAUUUACAUUCUAGUCCCUGUGGACAAUUUCAGAAAAAUGUCUGGUAUGCCACAUGGGCAUAGAACAGUAUGGAGAUAGUAUCACCUUUUAAAGCCAAUACGGAAGAGCAGUUUCCUUUAGGAGACAAGGACCAGCAAUAGUUUGUGUCAGAAUAUCACAUCAUGAAUAUUCAUGGUAAUGUAAUAUUCAAGUUAUGUAUUCUUAUUGGCUUGUGUUUGUGUCUCUUUACAAUGCAGCAUCACUCACUCCCUCCUUUGCUGUUGUUGUUUUAUGCAAAGCCUGAA